AUGGCGCCUCAGGAUCCCCAUGUGAUAGCGCAGCUUGUGAAAAGCUUAGAAGAUGCCCGAAAGAUGCAGACGGCAGAUAAAAAGCGGACUUACACUUGUAAAAAGUCAACCUUCACGGUCCAUGGGACCAAGGAUGUGACGGUUGACUCUUGGAAGUUCAUGGAUUGGGACUACAAACGAACCGACCUUCCGACAUAUGCCCGCGGUCUUUUCACCUCCCGACGCAAAGACGGUAUACCCGAGAUUUCUGUGCGUGGAUACGACAAGUUUCACAACGUGGGUGAAACCGAGAACACGCGUUGGAGGAAUAUUGAAAAUAACACACGAGGUCCUUAUGAGCUGAGUGUGAAGGAAAAUGGGUGUAUUAUCUUCAUCUCGGGAUUGGAAGAUGACAAAUUGCUGGUGUGCAGUAAACAUUCCACCGGAUACCGUGCCGACUUCGAGAUCAGCCAUGCUAUAGCUGGUGAAAAAUGGGUGGAGCGUCACGUCGCCGCCGUGAACAAAUCAACGAAGGAGCUUGCGCGGGAGUUGCGCGAAAACAACCUUACAGCUGUAGGUGAGCUGUGUGAUGACGCCUUUGAAGAACAUGUUCUGGCGUAUGAUGAGGCCGCUGCUGGUAUAUACUUGCAUGGUCUCAACUACAACCUCCCGGAAUUCUCUACAAAAUCCAGUGACGCAGUACAUGAAUUUGCCGACAAAUGGGGGUUUAAAAAGGCAAAGUUCGUGAAAUACGAUGACCUCGACGAUGUGAAGAAAUUCCUGGAAGACGCCGCGGAGACUGGCACAUGGGAUGGCCGGGAGACUGAAGGCUUUGUGGUUCGCUGCAAGAUGAAUGACGGUGGCCAAGGUCCCUAUCACGACUGGUUCUUCAAAUACAAGUUUGAAGAGCCUUACCUCAUGUACCGGCAAUGGCGUGAAUGCACCAAGGCUGUGAUUUCAGGAAAGCUUCCCCACAUUAAGAAACACGCGCAGAUCACCGAGGAGUAUCUCAAGUUCGCACGCAGAGAGCUCAUCAAGGACCCUAAAAAGGCGAAGCUCUACAACCAGAACCACGGCAUCAUCGAAUUACGAGAAAUGUUUCUGAAAGAGCGAGGCCUAAAUGGUUCCGAAAUCAUCGCCAUGGAAGCUCAGCUGAAGCCGAAGAGUGACAAUGUUGAGCGCGACGUUGUCAUCGCUCCAAUUGCUUCUCUAGGAUGUGGAAAGACCACUUUGGCAUUGGCUCUCGUUCAUCUUUUCGGAUGGGCCCAUCUUCAGAAUGAUGAUAUCCCAAAGCAGAAGAAUAAACCUAAGAAGUUUGCAUUCGAAAUCACGAAAGCCAUGGCAACAAGUCCAGUGGUGAUUGCGGACCGCAACAGCCACCAACGACGCGAACGCAAGCAGCUGUUCGAGGACAUCUUUCCCGUCAUCCCCAAUGCGCAAUUUGUGGCUCUUCAUUAUGUUCAUGAGCCGAAGAACGAACUGCUACCAGCCAUCAAGGAAGUUACCCGAAAGCGAGUGUUGGAGCGUGGUGACAACCACCAGACCAUUCGGGCCGGAACAAAGAAUCCCGAAGAGACCAUUGGAAUUAUGGACGGGUUCCUGUAUCGAUUUGAGGGUAUUGACACAAAUCGAGAUCCAGACGAGCAUUUCCAACACGUCAUCGACCUGAACGUGUGUGCAUCCUCGCGAGAGAAUCUUGAGACAGUCGUGGCUGCUCUACAUGCUGCCUACCCCAAAAUUGUGCCCAACAUGCCUUCAGCCGAGGAUCUAGAUGGUGCCAUCGACGCUGCCAUGAACGAAUACAAAGUCAAGCAAGACUUGAGCGGAUCAUACUCACAGCACAAAAAGGAAAAACUGCAGCAUGUCUCGGAUGCUGAUAUCUCUCCCACUAUUUUGGCCCGAAAAAUCGAAUUUUUCCAGAUUGCUCUUACAGCCAAAGAUGUUUUCUCUGUCCUCCACUCCCUCUUCACUCCUGAAGUGCCUGUGGAAGCCGCACGUUUGUACCACGGACUUGUGAAUCAGCGACGCAUCCAGCCUACUUGCCAUGUCACUCUUAUCCACCGGGCCUCGAGUAAAGAUCGCUCCGAUGUUUGGAACCACUACACGAAGCAGUACAUUGACACUAUGACUAUCAAUCAGGCCCAGAGUCCACCAGUCCUUGGAUCUGCACGCGUUCGUCUGGAGCGUCUUGUUUGGGACAAUCGUGUAAUGGCUUUUGUUGCGCGCAUCCUGCCCGCAGUUGACAACAACCCCGAGAACGAAAUCGGUUGGCCAUGUGCAAAUAACAUUCCUCACAUCACCAUUGGAACUGCCUCGCCUGAAAUCAAGCCAAAGGAAAGCAACGAUCUUCUUCAACGUUGGUUGGAAUUUGGGUCUGGUGGUGAUACCGGGAUUUACGAGAUGGAGGUCAAGGGCGUCAAGGUUGUAAAUGGAAUUGUUGGGCCGGUCAUGAUGCGUGGCAAAUAA